AUGACGACAAAGGGCAAAAAUGUCACGAAUACGGAAGCUAUUGAUAAGCCGUGUAAAAAAUGCAAUCGAAAGGGGGGCGAUGAUAAUUGGGUCUGUUGUGAUGUCUGUCAAUCUUGGGAGCAUUUUCGGUGUGCGGGAGUGAAUGAAUCGAUCGCAGAUAAGAGCUGGAAGUGCAGUGUUUGUUUGACCGAUUGGGAUGGUGGUGACAAUAAUGGAUCAAAAUCCGAUGUGUCCUUUAACGAGUCGUCCGUAAGCAAGAGCAGCAGCCGUGAAUCACAACGAUUGCAGCUUAGUUUGCAGCACUUAGAGGAGCAACGGAAAUUGAAUAAACAGCGAGCCGAACUGGAAAAGGAAGCCAAGCUGAAACAGUUAGAUGAAGAGCAGGAAUAUUUGAAGCAGAAGUUCGACCUGUUAAUCCAAAUAGAUAAGGAAAAGGAUUCAUCAAGUAAGCGGAGUGGAAUAAGCAAAGUGAGUGGAGUGAGUGUGAAAAGUAAGCGUGAUCAGAUGGAGAAGUGGUUGAAGGGAUCUAAGGUGGACGAAGUUGGUCAGUCGAAACCAUCAACGUCAGCAGUACCAUCCAUCGUAGGAGUUAAUGAGCUGCAACCACCAGCUGUUUCGCUACAGGUUCCAGUUUAUCCACUCCCCCAAAAUUCUGGGAAUGUUAUUACAUUGGCGAAAUCCUACGAACAACUGCAAUCAGGAAUUCCGACGGCGACCCAGAUGACAACGAGUUCUCUAGCAAACGUUCCGACUGUGCCAUUUUCUGAAGUGGAACAUGUUGAAUCAGUUAUUCCGGUUCGACCAAUCGUUCCCACCUCUUCGUCACCGUUCGUACCGGAAAUCAUGAGCCAUUCAGUUAGAACAGCACCCCAGCUAACUAGUACAGUUCCGUUACGGAAUGUAGCUGCUUCUCCAGGAGUAACAUUUAGUGGAAUUCAGCCGUGUUAUUCUAGAUCUUCAGCAGCAUGCCCGGCAGUGUCGUAUGCAUCAAUGCAAGGAGGUGUCGCGCAUUUGAAUCUGCCGUCAUCUAGUUUCCGUAGUGCAUCAAUACCAGGUAAUCCAUCGAAUUCAGCAGUUUUCCAUGGUGUUGGAUCGUGGGCAAACCCAAUGCAACCCGGAUCAGUCAAUACACUGGGGCCACCUACAGUCGGGAAUGGAACGGUGACAUACGGACAAGGUGGAGCACAAAGCAACCAUACAGCAGGACCAACCAGCGCACAGUUAGCAGCCCGACAAGUGAUGCCACGGGAGUUGCCAAAGUUUACCGGAGAUCCGCAGGAGUGGCCUAUUUUCUAUAGCUCGUUCAGAAACACUACGGAAGUUUGCGGGUACACGGAUGCUGAGAACUUAGCCAGACUGCAAAGAUGUUUGGGUGGUUCGGCACUGGAGGCUGUACGAAGUCGGCUUCUUUUACCAGCAUCGGUUCCAUAUGUGAUUGACACGCUCCAUAAGCUCUACGGUAGACCGGAGAUACUGAUCAGUUCGCUGCUGAAGAAAGUUAGGAACGUACCUCCACCCAAGGCAGAGAAUCUAGCCACAAUUGUCACUUACGGUUUGGCGAUUCAGAAUCUAGUCGACCAUAUUGUCUUGGCUGAUCAACAAGCGCAUUUAUCAAACCCAAUGUUGCUUCAAGAGCUGAUCGAUAAACUGCCUACAUCGUUGAAAAUGCAGUGGGGAACCUUUAAGCAAGCCUUUCAGUACGUCAACCUGGCGACAUUCAACAGUUUCAUGGCAGGGCUGGUGAACCUAGCUUCAGAACUUAGUAUUGGUUCUGAUACCGCGCAAAAUCAUCACAAACAAGCUCGAACUGAAAGGUUGAAGCAUGGGGAAAAGCUGUACACGCAUGCCAGCGAAACGCCUAGCACGUUUAAGCAGGAAAAGGCAAAUCAUAAAGAAGAGACUGUUUCUAAAGCCUGCUCGUACUGUGGAAAUGCAAGUCAUCAGAUCCUGAACUGUUCCAGCUUCAAGUCGUUGGAUAUCGGGGCGAGAUGGAAGGCAAUGCGUCAGAAGAACUUGUGUCGGUUGUGUCUAGUUCCUCACAAGAAGUGGCCUUGUCGUUCAAGGAAGGAAUGUGGCAUGGACGGUUGCCGUAUUCGUCAUCACAUGCUGUUGCAUAGCAGCCCGCCUUACCGAAGCGAGUCUGUUGGUUCACCAAAGUCGGUAGAGACGGUACACCACAAUCAUCAUCACACGAAAUCCUUUUCGCUUUUCCGUUAUCUGCCAGUUACUCUAUAUGGUAAUGGGAACCAUGUCGAAACCUAUGCGUUCUUGGAUGAUGGAUCGUCAUCGACCUUACUAGAAGAAGCGCUAGUUGCCAAGCUAGGAAUUGAAGGAGAACCGGACAACCUCUGGCUAGGCUGGACAGGAAAGAUUGGUAGACAAGAGAAGAACUCCAGGAGAAUCAGUGUGAAGAUUUGUGGUACCCGUAAGAAGGAAUCAUUCGAGUUGGGAAACGUAAGGCCGGUACGGGAGCUCGGACUACCUAGUCAGACAUUGGAUUACAUAGAGAUUUCAAAGGUCUAUCCUCAUCUACAAGGCCUUCCAGUCAACAGUUACGUCAACGCAAAGCCCGGCAUGAUUAUUGGCAUCGAGCACGUACACCUGCUCACCAGUUUGAAGAUCCGUGAAGGAUGUAGGAGUAAGCCAGUAGCCACAAAAACUCGACUGGGCUGGUGCAUCUACGGGAGAAAUUCGGGAAAUGAUGAGACCAUAGAGCAGUUGAACCUCCACGUCUGUCAAGAAAUGAGUAACAGUGAACUGUAUAACUCUAUGAAGAAGUUUUUCGCCGUUGAAGAUGCUGUGGUGACGAAGUCGUUACAAUCCGAGGAAGAUCUGCGAGCUCGCAAUAUCCUGGAAACAACAACAGUACGUCGAGGAAAUCGAAUGGAAUCUGGCUUGCUAUGGCGCAAGGACAACGUUCGUUUUCCGGAAAGCUACAGGAUGGCAAUGAGUAGGCUUAGGGGAUUAGAAAAGCGACUGUCAAAGGAUCCAGAACUACGAAGAAGGGUCAAUGAACAGAUAGAAAGUUACGAGCGAAAGCAGUAUAUCAGAAAGACAUCAGAACUGGAGAUGGCAAGCGUUAACGCUCAGCAGAUUUGGUAUCUGCCAUUGGGAGUAGUGAUCAACCAGAAGAAGCCCAAUAAAAUUCGGAUGGUUUGGGAUGCAGCCGCAAAGUCUGGAGGAGUCUGUUUCAACGAUAUGCUGUUGAAGGGCCCGGAUCUUCUAGUGUCGCUAGUAGACGUACUGCUAAGAUUCAGACAAGGAAAUGUUGCUGUUUGUUCGGAUAUCCGGGAAAUGUUCCUGAGAAUUCUCAUUCGGGAUGAAGACAGGUGGUCUCAAUGUUUCCUUUGGAGAGACAGCCCCGAGUCAGCAGUACAAAUCUACAUGGUCAACGUCGCAAUGUUCGGUGCAACAUGUUCUCCGUGCAUUGCACAGUUCGUAAAGAACACAAAUGCAAGCGACUUCGAAGAGCAGUAUCCGAGGGCAGUAGAAGCGAUAACAAAAAACCACUACGUUGAUGACUUCCUCGACAGUGUCACCUCAGUGGAUGAAGCAGUGGAACUUGUUGAGCAAGUCAAAGUUAUCCACGCAGCAGCAGGAUUCCAGUUCGGAAAAAUACUUUCCAACGAUAAAGCUGUACUAUUCAGGCUCGGUGAAACGGAAUCAACUGUUAGUAAAUCUCUGCACCUCGACAAAGAUGGAACGCAUGAACGUGUUCUGGGUGUGGUGUGGGUUACAACGGAAGAUAACUUCAUAUUCGACUGCAAUGGAUUGGAGGAAGUACUAGGAAUCAACAACACGAUCCUGACGAAGCGUCAAGUCUUGCGCAUCGUCAUGAGGCUGUACGAUCCUCUAGGGUUUGUCGCGCAUUUUGUAGUACAGGGGAAAAUACUGAUGCAGGAAAUAUGGCGUACCGGCACUAACUGGGAUGAACCUAUUGUCGAGCAGUUAUAUGAUCUGUGGAAAAGGUGGAUUGAGCAGUACAGUAGGAUCAGUAAAGUUAAAGUCCCUCGUUGCUUCUUCGGAAGUUUCUUCCCAGAGCAGAUUAGUGACAUACAAGUCCAUAUAUUGACGGACGCAAGUGCAGCAGCAUGUGCGUGUGUGGCCUACUUGAGGAUUACAGUUGGCGAUUGCAGUCAGUGCUCGCUCAUAGCAGCAAAAACAAAGGUCGCGCCACUUCGAGCUCUGUCCAUCCCACGUUUAGAGUUACAAGCAGCCAUGAUGGGAUCCCGCCUGCUACAAACUAUCUGCACAGCACUUACUGUCAACAUACAUCAGCGUUUCCUGUGGACAGAUUCGGCAACAGUUCUAGCAUGGCUUCGUUCUGACAAUCGUCGUUACCAUCAGUUCGUAUCCUUCCGUGUAGGCGAGAUUCUGUCGCUCACCAGUGUGGAUGAGUGGCGUUAUGUUCCCUCUCGAGAAAAUGUAGCGGAUGACGCUACAAAAUGGAGCUCUGGACCUUCAUUCGAUCCUGGUUGCCGUUGGUACCAAGGUCCCCCAUUUCUGCAAGAUCCAGAAAGUCAAUGGCCUGCGGAAAGGACGGGAAAAGAAGCCGAAGAUGCAGCAACAGCCGAGGAAAUCAGCGUCAUUGCGGUGCAUCGGGCUGCCGAGGAAAUUAUAGACGUUCAUCGUUUCUCGAACUGGAACAGACUGCUGCGUGCGACAGCUUACGUUCAUCGGGCCAUCGCCUCAUGGAAACACUUAUCGUGCGAGAGGCCGCUCGCAGUCCUUUGUCAAACCGAAUUUCUGAAAGCAGAGAUAACUUUGUGGCGUCAGGCUCAAGCGCAAGUGUAUUUCGAGGAAGAGCAUUCACUAAACGAAGGAGGCAGUAUUUCUAAAGGGAGUUCGCUUCGAGCACUUUCACCAUUCUUGGACGAAAAAGGUAUCCUUCGAGUUGGCGGCAGGAUCGAUAAUGCACCGAAUAUGCCAUACAAUGCGAAGCACCCGGUCAUAUUGCCAAGAAAUCACCGUAUUACCUAUCUUGUAGUGCUUAGCUUCCACCAGAGAUUUCUCCAUGCUAACAGCGAAACAGUAUGCAACGAGCUGAGGCAGCAGUUUUACAUUCCGAGAAUGCGAACCGUAGUACGGAGCGUAUGUGCUAGCUGCCAGUACUGCAAGAUUAAGAAAGCUGUUCCAGUUCCACCGUUGAUGGGACCGCUACCAAAGGUUCACCUGACACCGUUCAUCCGUCCAUUCACCUACGUUGGUGUCGACUAUAUGGGUCCUUUCGAAGUAAAAGUUGGUCGCAGUUUGGUGAAGCGGUGGAUAUGCCUUUUCACUUGCCUAACAGUACGAGCAGUUCAUUUAGAGUUAGUACACAGUCUGUCUACGAAGUCUUGCGUGAUGGCCUUCCGGAGAUUUGUUAGCCGAAGAGGUGCUCCGCUCGAAGUGUUUUCGGAUAACGGUACCAACUUUGUGGGUGCAAGUCGUCAGCUGUCAGAAGAGAUACAACAGAUCAAAGCAAUCAACAAGGAUUGUGCAGCCACAUUCACCAACGCAAUGAAAUCAGUAUCGGACAGUCUACAUCAUCCCACGGACGAAGUGUUAGAAACAAUAAUGCUAGAAGCGGAAGGAAUUGUGAACAGUCGUCCUCUGACCUAUGUGCCGUUGGGAGCAGACGAUCAAGAAGCGCUAACUCCAAAUCACUUCAUACUGUACGGAUCAAGCGGAGUGAUACAGCCUACAGUUGAUCAGCCUAGUGAUCGGAACGUACUCCGUGACAGUUGGGCAAUCUCUACAAACAUCGUAAACGAUUUCUGGCGCAGAUGGGUGCGCGAAUAUUUGCCGAUGUUGACAAGACGGACUAAGUGGUUCGAGAACGUCAAGCCAUUGGAGCCUGGCGACUUAGUCGUGGUGAUUGACGAGAAUACACGGAACAGUUGGGAAAGGGGACGUAUUCUGGAGGUUUUUCCGGACAAGUUAGGUCAAGUACGACGUGCAAAAGUACAGACAGCUAGAGGAGUAUUCGCCAGACCUGCAGUCAAGUUGGCUGUUCUAGACGUUUGUGCAGGACAUACGAAGUCGGAUGGAGUUGUGACUGAGACGGAAGUGGUUCACGGGUCCGGGGAUGUUACUGGCAGCACUGUCGACGGCGAAAUGAUUGUGAAACCACUGUCCGUUCCCUCGCAUCUGGGCGAUUCUCGCCCAGCAGACUGUCCCACAAACAACAGUAUUGACUGCACAGAAGAAUGUCAAAAGUAG